CACACACUGCCUUUAAAUUUCCUCUUUGUUGGACUGCAUUUGCUCCUUUCUCCCACACCUCCAGCUCCACUUCCUACAUUUCCAGCUCCGUUUCCUUCCUAGCCUAGUCAGCCUUACCUUCGCCGUUGCUCCAUCGAUCAAUGGCGGUUCCUGCUCUUAACUGCAUCUUCUGUAUUCUCCUGCUCUCAACCUCAUCAUCUACAUCGGGUCAUGUCGCGGAGGCCUCGUGCCGUUCUCGGAGCCGGCGGGAGCUCCUCGGCGCGACGACCGUGCGCGACGUGUUCGCGCCCGUGACCAACCCGGUGACCGUGCCGGCCACGAACCCGGCGUCGAACCCUGGCGUCGUCACCGUGCCAUCCACCAACCCGGGCUUCGCCACCAAUCCCAACUUCCCGCCGCUGUACCCGGAGCCGUCGACGAUGCCCGACCCGUCGAUGACGACGCCGGCGCCGUUCACCAACCCGGUCACCGCGCCGAUCACCAACCCGGCAACGACACCGACUGCAGUGCCCGGCACGUCGCCAGUCACUAACCCCGCAACAUACCCGUACCCACCGCAGGGCGGCGGCGUCGGCGCCGUGCCGACGACGCCGGUGUACCCCGCGCCGGCGACGACGGUGCCCAUCGGGGCGACGCCUACUUUCCCUGCGCCCGCAACCACGGUGCCCACCGGCGCGGCGCCCACCACGAUGGCGGGAGCGGGGACGUGGUGCGUGGCGAAGGCAGGGGUGAUGGAGGCGGCGCUGCAGGCCGGGAUGGACUACGCGUGCGGCAUGGGCGGCGCCGACUGCUCGGCACUGCAGCCCAUGGGCAGCUGCUACAACCCAAACACCAUGCAGGCACACGCCUCCUACGCGUUCAACAGCUACUUCCAGCGGAACCCCUCGCCGACCAGCUGCGACUUCGGCGGCGCCGGCAUGCUCGUCGCCACCAACCCAAGUUCGGGAGCUUGCAUGUACCAGACAUCAGCAGGUUCGAGCAGCUCCGGUAGUCCGGCAGUAACAGGCACGCCAGGCUUCGGGUCGGCGGGCAUGACUCCGGGCUACAGCACCGGUCCAACGACAGGGACGGGACCGGCGGUCGGUGGAGGGUCGGGCUCGACGGUGCUGAACGCGAACAAUAACCCUGGUGGAACCUCAAUGUAUGGCCCGGACAACCCGACUGGCUUCUCCGGCGCCAGCAGCGGCACCGCCACCCUUUCCUGCGGCUGGGUCUUGUCUCUGAUUUGGAUAUUCACCAUUGCUUAUGUUAAGGAGAAAGUGUAGUGAUGCUGAUGAAGUGGUUUUGUGUUCUUCUCUUGUUGAUAUUCAGUUGUGUACAUAGAUGGGUGAAUUAAUAGGGAGAAGACUAGAAGUUUUGUGCUUGUGUGUAUAUUGAUUGGGCUAAGCUGAGCAGAAUGAUGCCCAGCCAUCAUAUAUGUGUUAGGUGAGCGUAGAUUUCAAUCGAUAUGAAUGAUUGUACGAUAUCAGUUGACAAUCUUCUUGAACAAUAACAUGCACAAUGACCUUUCAAAUGUUG